UCUUCCAAUCCCCAAAACAUCAUCAAUUCCAUCACAAUAUAUAAAACCCAAGUCUUCUUCUUCUUAGCUUCAUUCUUCACAACACGUACUGUUACGUUGGUUCCCAUCUGCAUAUGUACUAGGAAUCAUAGCUUAGCUUGACGAGAUGUCAUCAUCUAAUAAGCUCCAGCUUUGUAUGAUAAUAGCGGCCAGCCUAGUGGCGGUGGCCCUGGCCGGAAACUUCUACCAAGAUGCCCAAAUGUAUUUCGGCAAUGGACGCGGCCAAGUUCUCGAUGGAGGCAAGAUGAUCGCCCUCAAACUCGACAAAGAAUCCGGUUCCGGCUUCCACUCCAAAAAUGAGUAUCUUUUCGGCAGAUUUGACAUGCAACUCAAGCUUGUCCCCGGCAAUUCUGCUGGCACUGUCACCACCUUUUAUCUAUCAUCUCUGGGAGAAGGGCACGAUGAAAUCGACUUUGAAUUCUUGGGGAAUGUAUCUGGGCAACCUUACACAGUCCAUACCAAUGUAUAUUCUCAGGGGAAAGGUAACAAGGAGCAACAGUUUCAUCUCUGGUUCGACCCAACCGCCGCAUUUCACACUUACACCAUUCUCUGGAACCCUCAAAGAAUCAUUUUCAUGGUGGAUAACAAUCCUAUUAGAGUAUUCAACAAUCACGAGAGCAUUGGGAUUCCAUUCCCAAAGAGCCAGCCAAUGAGAGUAUACUGCAGUUUGUGGAAUGCAGAUGACUGGGCGACCCAGGGAGGAUUGGUGAAGACAGAUUGGUCACACGCUCCCUUCACUGCCUAUUACAGAAACUUCAAUGCCAACGCUUGUGUGGUAACAAACGGAGUUUCCUCCUGCAAUUCCAUAGCAGCAGCAUCAAACAGCAAUCAAGAAUGGCUAACGCAGGAGCUUGAUGGGAAGGGCAGGAAUAGAGUCCGAUGGGUACAAAGCAAGCAUAUGGUCUACAAUUACUGCGCCGACGCCAAGCGCUUCCCGCAGGGCUUCUCUGCUGAAUGCAAACGCUCAAGGUUCUAAGACAAUCGGAAAUUAAUGCAUGGGAUAAUGAUGAUUGAUGAAUUCUUGAGUUUGAUUUUUAGUUUCAACAUUUUAUAUGCGUGAGUGUGGUUUGUUAAAGAUAAAUUCUUUAUUCUUUGUCAUUUCAAUAAGGGAAGUUCGUGGCUUGUAAUCGAAUAUAUUAUAUGUAUUGUAAUAAUAAUUGCUGUUCGUUUCUUGAUUAAA